AUGGCCACAAAACCGAUUAGACAGCGACAGGGGGAGCGACAGGGGGAGCGACAGGGGGAGCGACAGGGGGAGCGACAGGGGGAGCGACAGGGGGAGCGACAGGGGGAGCGACAGGGGGAGCGACAGGGGGAGCGACAGGGGGAGCGACAGGGGGAGCGACAGGGGGAGCGACAGGGGGAGCGACAGGGGGAGCGACAGGGGGAGCGACAGGGGGAGCGACAGGGGGAGCGACAGGGGGAGCGACAGGGGGAGCGACAGGGGGAGCGACAGGGGGAGCGACAGGGGGAGCGACAGGGGGAGCGACAGGGGGAGCGACAGGGGGAGCGACAGGGGGAGCGACAGGGGGAGCGACAGGGGGAGCGACAGGGGGAGCGACAGGGGGAGCGACAGGGGGAGCGACAGGGGGAGCGACAGGGGGAGCGACAGGGGGAGCGACAGGGGGAGCGACAGGGGGAGCGACAGGGGGAGCGACAGGGGGAGCGACAGGGGGAGCGACAGGGGGAGCGACAGGGGGAGCGACAGGGGGAGCGACAGGGGGAGCGACAGGGGGAGCGACAGGGGGAGCGACAGGGGGAGCGACAGGGGGAGCGACAGGGGGAGCGACAGGGGGAGCGACAGGGGGAGCGACAGGGGGAGCGACAGGGGGAGCGACAGGGGGAGCGACAGGGGGAGCGACAGGGGGAGCGACAGGGGGAGCGACAGGGGGAGCGACAGGGGGAGCGACAGGGGGAGCGACAGGGGGAGCGACAGGGGGAGCGACAGGGGGAGCGACAGGGGGAGCGACAGGGGGAGCGACAGGGGGAGCGACAGGGGGAGCGACAGGGGGAGCGACAGGGGGAGCGACAGGGGGAGCGACAGGGGGAGCGACAGGGGGAGCGACAGGGGGAGCGACAGGGGGAGCGACAGGGGGAGCGACAGGGGGAGCGACAGGGGGAGCGACAGGGGGAGCGACAGGGGGAGCGACAGGGGGAGCGACAGGGGGAGCGACAGGGGGAGCGACAGGGGGAGCGACAGGGGGAGCGACAGGGGGAGCGACAGGGGGAGCGACAGGGGGAGCGACAGGGGGAGCGACAGGGGGAGCGACAGGGGGAGCGACAGGGGGAGCGACAGGGGGAGCGACAGGGGGAGCGACAGGGGGAGCGACAGGGGGAGCGACAGGGGGAGCGACAGGGGGAGCGACAGGGGGAGCGACAGGGGGAGCGACAGGGGGAGCGACAGCCGCACCAUUUGGGGAGAGGGGAUGGGGACGUGCCCGACACCAUGCUCACACCCCAUAACUCUCGGAUAACCUUUGACCUCCACCCCAACACCAUCACUGCAGGGGGCGGGGCAGGAGGGAGAGGCAGCUCCUGGAGAACUCCCCUGAUCUGA